UGAAAAGACCCCUUAUGGUUAAGGAAGAAGGAAGAAGAGUGAAGAAAUCUAGUGUUGAUGGUGAAAGCUCAGGAGAAACUGGAAAGAUACCAGCAGUGGUUGAAAGAGCAUCUAUGGACAGCACUUCAAAAGCAUUAUCUGCUAUAAAAACAGAUCAGGUGGAUCUGCUUGAAUCUGCCAGGGCUGAAAUGGGGAAAGUGAAAGAAGAAAAUGAAAUAUUGAAGUUAACUUUAUCACAAAUUAUGAAAGAAUACCAAUCCCUACAGAUGCAUCUCACAAACAUGGUUCAACAAGAAGAAACCAAGAAAUCUACAGAUACAGUUCCUACCAAUCAAGAAAUGGAAGAACCAGAUUUUUCACUUAGCCUUGGAAGAAAUUCGAGUGAGCCCAAGAAGGAUGAAAAGAAUAACAACUCCAUCAGCAAAGAUAAAGAGGAUGAAGAAUUAAAAGAAGGUUUGGCACUUCGGUUGGACUGCAAAUUUGAAGGGUCUUCGAACCCUAGCCCUGAAACUAGCUUUGAAGAACCUAAAGAAGAAGAAGCUGGUGAAACAUGGCCACCUAGUAAAAUUCUCAAGACUGUGAGAAGUGGAGAAGAUGAAGCUUCACAACUGAACAAUGUGAAGAAAGCAAGAGUUUCUGUUAGAGCAAGAUGUGAUACCCCCACGAUGAACGAUGGUUGCCAGUGGAGGAAAUAUGGACAGAAAAUUGCGAAAGGCAAUCCAUGCCCUAGAGCAUACUAUCGAUGCACAGUUGCACCUGCAUGCCCAGUAAGAAAGCAGGUGCAAAGAUGUGCAGAGGACAUGUCUAUCUUGAUCACCACCUAUGAAGGAUCCCACAACCACCCUCUACCAAUUUCAGCCACAGCCAUGGCUUCCACUACAUCUGCAGCUGCUUCCAUGCUCAUGUCUGGCUCAUCAAACUCUGGAUCAGCACUUGGGCCAUCAGCUACCAACACUACCUCUGCUGAUCUCCAUGGACUAAACUUCAACUUCACAGAUAACACAAGAUCAAGGCAAUUCUACCUACCAAACUCCUCAAUUUCAUCUUCACCCUCAUACCCAACCAUCACUCUCGACCUUACUGCACCGCCUUCGUCGUCGUCAACCUCCUCCUCCUCAUCCCAAUUCAACAGGCUAAAUUCAGGUUUCCAUACCACUACCCCAAGAUAUUCAACAAAUUUCAAUUUUUCUUCCUCUGAAUCCAAUGCCCUACCAACAUCUUGGAGCAAUGGGUAUCAAAGCUAUGGAAAUCAAACCUACAACAGAAGCCAAAUUGGGUCUUUAACUCUUGGAAGACAACCUCAAGAACAUUUCUACCAACCUUACAUGCAAAAGAACAAUUCAAUAGCUCCUCCUCCUCCUCUUGCUCCACAACAAUCUUUAUCUGAAACCAUUGUGGCUGCAACCAAGGCCAUUACAUCAGAUCCAAGCUUCAGAUCAGUACUAGAAGCCGCAAUCACGUCGAUCGUAAACAAAGGUAGUAAUGGUGAGAAUUUCAAUCAGAACUUAACUGCCGUUCCUCCCUUCUCAUCAACUGCAAAUGGGAAUGGUUGUGCAACUAGCUACUUGAGUACUAGAUCAUCUUCUAAUGCUCAACAAGGAAGUUUGAUGUUUCUUCCACCUCCAUUGCCAUUUUCUACCUCAUCUAAGAGUCCUUCUUCUUCUCCAGCUGAUAAUAGAGAUCACAUCAACUGAUGGAGGGAAUAGCAAGCAAGAGACCUUCUUGGAAGUUUUAGGGGUUUUUUUUUUUUUUUUUUUUUUUUAGUUGUGUGUGGAUAAAAUGGGUUUUAAGGAAUAGGUUGACUUGGCUAUGAAGCCAUUGAAAUUAAGCUCUUUUUGAUCAUUGGAUAUAGUCUUUUUCUUAGCCUAUAAUAGUGUAAUCAAGGUUAUGAAUUAAUGUAUGAUAAGGAUGUUUUUGUACAAA